GCUCUUUGGUUGCAAGUUCGAGGGCAGGAUCCGAGUGCUUUCCGGAGACGACGGCGUUGGAAACAGGAGGGAGGUCUCUCCGCGAGAGGCGGAUCCCGGGACUGCGAGACAGAUCAAUGGCGGAGAAGCGGCCAUUCGGAGAGGGGCAAAAUGGGGGCGUUUCUUCGGGCCUUAUGUGGCGCGGGGUUAUUUCCGCCCCCGGAGGCGAACUCUUAACUUGACGCGGCCGUCCUCUGGGAUGGAGCGUUUUGCGGGCCGUCGGGCUCUGGUGACGGGGGCAGGCAAAGGGAUCGGCCGAGCGGUGGCUGUAGCCUUGAGUCGGGCCGGGGCCCAGGUGGUGGCGCUGAGCCGGACCCACGCGGACCUCGACUGCCUGCAGAAAGAGUGCCCAGGAAUCCAGACAGUGUGUGUUGAUGUAGGAGAUUGGGAGGCCACAGAGGCAGCCUUGAAUGGAGUGGGCGAUAUCGAUCUACUGGUGAAUAAUGCUGGGGUGGCAUUGCUGGAGCCAUUUCUAGAAGUGACCAAGGAGGCCUUUGACAGGUCUUUCAGCAUCAACCUUCAAGCUGCGCUGCAGAUCUCCCAGAUUAUUGCUCGGAAGCUGAUUGCUCGAGGAGCUCCAGGUGCAAUAGUGAAUGUCUCAAGCCAGGCCUCGCUGCGAGCUGUGCUGGAUCACACAGUAUAUUGUUGCACUAAGAGUGGUUUGGACAUGCUGACCAGAUCAAUGGCUUUGGAGUUGGGGCCUCACAAGAUCCGGGUGAACAGUGUGAACCCCACUGUCGUCAUGACUGAGAUGGGACGCCGCAAUUGGAGUGAUCCCCAGAAAGCUGCGACUAUGACAAGCCGUAUCCCUCUGGGAAAGUUUGCAGAGGUGGCUGAUGUGGUGAACAGCAUCCUCUUCCUGCUGAGUGACCAAAGCAACAUGUCAACAGGUGUCAUAUUGCCAGUUGAUGGGGGAUUCCUUGUCAGUUAAAGCACAGUGUGCUCCAUUCUCUAUGGAAAUGCAUCUCAGUUGAUUAUCCAGCCAUCCUGAAGAGGGUGAAGAGAAUGAUCCACUAGUAGGACAUGUGAAAUUAGUAAAAAAAAUACAGAUGCCCCCUUUUCUUGUUCUGGACCUUAAGAAAUCAUGACUCCUUACUUAUGGAGAAAUGUUUAUUGUAUAAAAUAAGAGGUGUUCAGCUCAUCACUCUACACGAUGAUUAAAAACUGGACCUGUUUCCAUCCUAACCCUCCAAAGCUCCGCCUGCUCCAUCCCCAAUACAUCACAACUGACCAAAAAAAGGGGUUGGCCAUCACCCUGCCAUCUGGUUCCUUUUUCGUCUUGAGCUCCUGCCAAACAGCCCUGUCCUCCCCAAACUGUACAAGGUAAAGUGACUUUCGUCCUCCUCCGCAUCUUUGGGAGGGCUGACGGUCAGCAAACCAGCUUUGGAGCAGCACACAGGCUGAUGCCCUGGGAAGCAAAAACAGCUUUGGAUGGCACAGAGCUGCUUAGCUAGUGUCUCACAUAAUAAAGCACUAAUGGCUGUUUCGUCAA